GCAGUGCGCACCAUUGACGAAAGCAUAAAGAAUGUAACAAACAACACCACUCGGCCAUCACCUUGACGGAGACGGGAGUUGCGCUCGCUUCUCUGCCUUCACCUCAUGCCCCAUCUCAACGCUGUCCUCACAGCUAUAACCCACAUCGAUCAAGACGGACCAUCUUCAGGCACCCCGUAUCCCACUGCCAGCCUCCACGACAACGUCCUGAGAUUAGAGGAUCAAUAUGAAGGAGACCGAUGCAAGCAAGAUCCCCGCCAUGCCCCCGGCUGGCGUCUCAAACAGUCUUGCCGCAAGCAGCGUAGCCAGCACGUUUGACGAUGCUGCAGGCGGCCCAUUUCGCAGCGCUCGCACCUCCGCCCUGGCUGGACGCAAGUUGGCCCGUGUCGAGAGCGAGAGUGGUAACGAGGCAAACAUUACCAACCUGCAUCAACAGCGCUCGACGCUGAUCCACCACGAGAAGCCAGCCAGUUUGCCGCUGCCGUGCGGCGACGAUGGAGACGGUGACGACGCGCCAACGGCAGGGCUGGGUUACCCGCUCUUCGACAACGACCUGCUGUGGUCGCAGCGCUCGUGGCUCUACCAGCUGAUGCCAUUUCGAGGGAUGUAUUACGAUGUGCGUAGGCGCUUGCCCUUCUACGUCUCGGAUUGGUCUGCAGCGCUGUAUCCGCGCAACUGGUUCACGAUCGCUGACUCGAUCGUAAGAAUGUACUUCAUCAACCUCAUGCCGGCGAUCGCGUACGUGUUGGAUAUGAACUACCGCACCGGCGGGUCAUACGGAAUUAAUGAGGUAAUCCUAGCUUCGGCACUCGCCGCCGUCGUCUUCCCACUCUUUUCGGUCCAGCCGCUUACCUUUGUCGGUGUCACGGGUCUGAUCAAUCUCGUCAACUACACGCAAUACAACCUCGUCACCAGGUAUUAUGGCUUUGACAAUAUGGACUACCUCCGCUUCCAAACGUGGACCCUCGUCUGGGCAGCUGGCUUCCAUUUCGUUGUCGCCAUCUUCAACAUUUGCGACUUCACCAGGUUCAUCACGGAUAUGACGAGCUCCACCUUUGGCUUCUACGUCGGCAUCGUCUAUAUCCAAAAGGGCAUCGAGCUGCUGAUCGAAGAGUUCGAGCCGCUGCCACUGAAUAACACCACCGGCUGGCUGAGCGUGACGAUCGCGAUCCUGUUCACCGUCUCAGUCUACCUGGUCGGCAAAAUGGGCAAGACGUCCUUCCUGCCGUUCCGCGUGCGCCAACUCGUCGCCAGCUAUGCCUUCCCCGCUGGUAUCCUCUUCUGGACCGGCUUCAGCCACUUCCCCGAGAACUCUCUGCGGCAGGUGCCCAUCGAGGGCCUCCCGAUCACGCGCGCGUUCUACCCCACGCUCGACCGCUCGUGGUUCGUUGACUUUUGGCAGAUCGAGCUCAAGUGGGUCUUCAUCGCCGCGCCGUUCGGCUUCCUCAUCAUGUUGCUGUUCUACUUUGACCACAACGUAAGUUCCGUCAUGGCGCAGGCGCGCCAGUUCCCAGUCAAGACCCCCGCCGGCUUCCACUGGGACUUCUUCCUGCUCGGCAUCACCACACUUGUCUCGGGCUUCCUCGGCUUGCCUGCGCCGAACGGUCUCGUCCCGCAGGCGCCCGUGCAUACCGAUACACUGUCCAUCUACAAGCAGGUGGACCACCAGGACCAGAAGCACAUCCGUGAAUGUGCGCCCACAGGCGCUGUGGUUGCUGGAGCCAAGUACCGCAGACAGGUGGUGACUAACACACGCGUGGUCGAACAGCGCUUCUCUCACUUCUGCAUCGGUCUCCUAACUAUCGCGACGCUCAGCCCGCCGUUCCUCAAAGCGCUCGGGACUAUGCCGCGAGCUGUCUUUGCUGGCGUUUUCCUCCUCGUCGGAUGGGGCAGCAUUGAAAGCAACCCCAUCGUCGCUAGGACGCUCGCUCUCGUCCAGGAUAGGAAGAUGGCCAACCCGGACGACCCGCUGCUGCAGCUGCGCCGUAGCAAGAUCUUCCUAUUUGUUGCCGUCCAGUGGAUCUUCUUUGGCAUGACCAUGGGCAUCAGUCAGACGAUCGCCGGCGUCGGCUUCCCUGUCAUCAUCACUCUGCUGAUCCCCUUUAGGUACUUCAUCAUCCCCCGCUGGUUCUCUCCCAAAGAGCUCGCCACCCUUGAUGCGCCCACAGCCGACGCCGCUGCCGUCUUAUCCAGCAUCGGCCAUGAGUCGGAGCGCGUCACCGGUGUCGGCGUGCGGCUUGCGCAAGACACCAAGAUCGCGGGUACAAAAUGGGAUGCCGAGGCCGAGAAGGCCCUCUAAUUUGGUCAUGGCCUCGACCAGAAGUUGCAGUGCGGGGGCCCGGAUCGCGCGGAGGAGCAGCACAACGACGGCGAUGACGCAAGAUCACUCCGCAACCGCGCCUUCCUCCCUGUGUACGCUUCGCAAAUCCCGGACAGCCUGGCGUCGCAGUCCUCUCUGAAAGGGCA